GGGGAGCUUGGCCAGCGGUGCUCGGCUCGCUUGGACGCGGAGCAGCAGCGUUUGCGCCCCUACAGCGGGUCUGGGAAGCCGUGGAUACACUUCAUACGCGUUCUGAAACAACGAGGGAACAUUUAUUUUCCCUGUUAUUCUUCCUGCGGGUUUUCAGAAUGGGGAAUGGCAUCAAUAAGGUGCUGCCUGACUUGUACCUGGGAAAUUUCAAAGAUGCAAGAGACAGAGAACAGUUAGCCAGAAACAACAUCACACACAUCCUGUCCAUCCAUGACAGUGCAGCUCCAAUUCUCCAGGAGAUGACCUAUCUGUGCAUUUCAGCGGCUGACCUGCCCACACAAAACCUGACCCAGCACUUUAAACAAAGUAUAAUGUUCAUGCAUGAGUCCCGCCUGAAGGGAGAAGGCUGCCUCGUUCACUGUUUGGCUGGUGUGUCACGCAGUGUCACCCUGGUGGUAGCUUACAUCAUGACAGUGACAGGACUGGGCUGGCAGGAGGCGCUAGCUGCAGUCAGGGCGGCUCGGCCCUGUGCCGGCCCCAACCUGGGCUUUCAGCGGCAGCUACAGGAGUUUGAGGCUAAUCAAGCAGAUCAGUUCAGACAAUGGCUACAGAUAGAAUAUAAGGAUAACCCCUUCAAUGACGAGGCUGAUAUCCGGGACUUGCUUGAAAGGGCGUCUAAAGUCAAUGGCAAGGAGGUGAAAAAACAGCCGUCUACCCCACCAGGAGAUAUCUGAUCAGCUCUUUGAAUCAGAUAUUUUACCGUCCGGCCUGGAUAUUACACCUCCAUGUGAUUCUACAGUACAUUGGACCUCUCUGGAAGUCUACUGUGCAUUAAAAAUGGACUACUAGCAGGAUGUUUAUCACUGCUGAAAUGAUUGUCUACAUAUAACAGACACUACCACUGGAAGAGACCAUUACAUGUGCAGCACAUGUGACUUUUCUUUUUUAAUUUUAACAUUGCAUGAUGUUUUUUUUUUUUUCUUUUUCUAAAUUAUGAUUGUUGUAAACAGAGUGUUUUGUAUGGUGUCAUGAAGCUUUAACAUUUUGAAAUAAAAGGAGAAA